UAAUCCGCUAGCACUCAGCUAGCUCAGCAAAUUGUUUGGUGUCGUCUAGUAAAUAAGCGAAAUUCAAUUAAACGCAACUUAAUAUAUUGUAAACGCACAGCGUACCUGGCACUUAUUUGGAAAAUUACUUGUUGUUUUGCGGCAAAAGAGGCUUAACUAUCGAUAUGUCAGCACCGGUAAUUGUCGAGGCAACGGCCAAACAAACAGCAACGCUCAUCUUCAUGCACGGCUUGGGCGACACUGGCCAUGGCUGGAGCAGUGCUUUGGCUGCUAUACGUCCACCGUUCAUGAAGGUGAUUUGUCCGACGGCACCAACACAGCCCGUCUCGUUGAAUGCCGGCUUUCGCAUGCCGUCGUGGUUCGAUUUGAAGACCCUGGAUAUUGGCGGGCCGGAAGAUGAGCCGGGCAUACGUGCGGCCCGUGACGAUGUGCACACAAUGAUACAGAAGGAGGUGAACGCCGGCAUACCGGCCAAUCGCAUUGUGCUCGGCGGUUUCUCGCAGGGCGGCGCCUUGGCUCUCUACUCGGCUCUGACCUUUGCUCAACCGCUGGCCGGUGUUGUGGCACUCUCGUGUUGGCUGCCACUGCACAAGCAGUUCCCCGGCGCCAAGAUCAGCAGCGAUGAGGUGCCCAUAUUCCAAGCGCACGGAGAUUAUGAUCCCGUUGUGCCUUAUAAAUUUGGCCAACUCAGCGCCAGUCUGCUCAAGUCGUUCAUGAAGAAUGUCACCUUUAAAACGUACAGCGGACUCUCGCACUCCUCAUCCGAUGAGGAGAUGAGCGAUGUAAAGGACAUAAUCAGUAAAUGGACGCAUUGGGAGAGCCAGAACAUGGCUGCUAGAGGCGCAAUGCUGCCAGAUAUCAUAGUAGCUAUAUAGGCUAUAUAGACUAUGAAAAAUAUAGUUGCAGUUCCUUCCAGACACACAAAAAAAUCAAAGCUCCUCUUCAUCCCCCUCCCUAGUCAAGAAACUCGGCGCGCUGCAGACGUCUGAAACAAAAAGAGAAAACAAAAACGAAAAAGAGAAUUGUAUUUUAGAUAUUAUUUUGUACAUAUAUAUGUAGAUUUUAGGCAUAUUGUUAGCGAUUGAAUGGAUGGAUUUGUCUGUCUGUCUCCACUUGGUGGUGUUCCGACGAGAAGCCGUUUCGCGUAAGCGAACUAAACUAAACUAAAAACAAAACUAAAUAAAGUUAUGCGACACGA